AUGGAUGAAAAAACUGAAUUGGCAAAAAUUACUAAACGUUUAUUAUAUAUCAUUGAGGGUGUGAUUCCUUUACUAUCUGGACUAUGUCAAGAGUUGUCUCUUCAUAUACCAGUAACUGAAUUUCUACAAUUAGAUUCAAAGAAAGCUCAGGUUGCAAAAAAUCUCAUCACUAAGCUAAUGUAUUUUUAUGAUCAAGAAGUUGGCUCUGUGUUAGAGCAGAUGCAAGAGAUGGAGUGCAUAAAAAAUUUUAAUUCACUCUGUGACCUGUAUAGAUCCAGUGAACUUAAUUCAAUAAAAGAACCAGAAAGACAGUCACUCAGUUACCUUUUAUCAAAAAAAGAUGAAGACUUUUUGAAUCAACAAUUUCAAACAUUUAUUGAAAAUUAUGCUAAGGCUUAUGAAAACAUGGAGAACCUGCCCACUUCAGGGGGACAAAAAUUCAAUGAGCUUCUUAAAUUUUUUACUGAUGAAGAUUAUAACAGAGGAGAUAUGCAAUCACUAAAAGUCUACAAGCUUGUUCUAGUGCUUCGAACUCUGAUAGAAAGACAAAAAGAACUUGGUCUUCACUGCUUUGAAAGAACAAAUUUGGAGAAAAUGACAUUAACUACUCUGCGACUGCUACAUGGAAUUGUUCAUAAGAAAAUUCUUGAAAUAGAAUCAAAAAAGGACUCUUUAAAGCCUCCUGAACUUCAAAAGGAAUAUGAAAAUCACAUAAAGCCUAUUCAAACCAUACUUCUUGAUGAAAGAGCUGAUUUUAUUAAAACAUUGUUUGAGUUGCUACAUCAUUCAAAUGAUGACAUUACUUAUCAAGUAUUAGCUUGCCUUGAUGUUUUGCUGUAUCUUGGAAAUGAAGAAGCUCAAAAGAGGAUUUCAGAUAUUAAUGAGGAACAGGAUCAAAGUCUUAUUAUGCAAGUGCAAAAGAUACUAAGAAGAGCUCAAAUUAACCUCAACAAAGCCAAAAUGCAAGGAAUGAGUACACAAGAGGAGUCUUCAUCAUUAAAAGGCAAUAAAAGAAGUAUUGAAGUCGAUGAAAGGAUUACAGUAGCAUUAGAUGUUCUAGUGUGGAUAUGUGAUGGUCAGCAGAAAGAUAUGCAAGAUGCAUUGAGUAAUCGUGAAAAAUUAAAUGGCACUGACAUUGUUAGUCAAGUUUCCUUUUUACUUCUUGGGGUAGUUGAGAGUUUCACUGCUGAAAGUCUCAAAAUAGCACAAAGAGCAGUACAGGCACUGAUAGAAAUGUGUGCUGGAAAUUACAAAAAUCAGGAGAUUGCUAUCAAAGGUCAAGUUAUUAUUUCAAUAAAUUCCAUUUUAGAAAAGGAAUCCUCUAUUAGCCAAGCAAAAAUUAAUUUCCCGAGUUUUUUGGCUUUAAAGCUAUCUAGUUUGGAGUUGUUAAAUGUAAUGCUUGAAGAAAUUGAUGAACAGUCAUCAAAGCUAGCAACCUGGAUAAUGCAGCAAUUAAGCCUGUCUAAUUUGCUAAAUGGAAUGUUGAAAUCAUGGGAUUAUUACUUAACAUGCAGAACUGCCAAAAGAUACUUUUGUUCUGAGACACCAUUGGAACGACAAACAAAAAAUAGCUUACUCCUAGCUUAUCAUACUCUCAGACGUAUUUCAGAUUAUGAAGGCAUAUGUGUUGACAAAUUAGUGAUGGAUGAUGAAAAAAACUGGCUGUAUAUAACAAAUCUAGAUUCAAAAGCAGAGAAAAUGUGGCAGCACUGUAAAAGUUGGUCCAAGAGCAUUGAAGUUUUCUACAGAACACAAAAUGAUACUGCUAUACUGACUCGGGUCUUCUUUCCAUACAAUCCUCAUAAGCAUUUAAAUGAAAAAAUAAAAGAUACUCUUUUAAACAACAUCAAGAGAGACACACCACAAGAGAAGCUGGUUGAUCUACUUGAAUGGACUAAACAAAUCAAAUUAAUCAAAGAACAAAAGAAAAAAUUGAAAAAAUCGCCCAAAAGAAUAAUAAUUUCAUUUUCGUAA